AUGCAAAUUCUCAACCAUCGACUAUUAGUGUUCAUAUCCUUGACGACUCUUCUUGUUUGCAUCCUGGCACUCAGUAGCCAUCAUGAUCGAGUGUUUCAACAAGAUUGUUGCUCCUCAGGUUUUUUCGGAAUGAAUGUAGUGGCUGAAGAGAAUGAGGAAGAUGCUGCUGCUAAUUUUUGGAAUGCCAUUCCGACGAAAAUCAUUGAAACCACCACAACAACAACAACAUCUUUGGAUGAUACUGAUGCUUCUACAAUUCAUCAUCAUGAUGAGGAAGAGGAAGAACCACAUACUACUUUUACAAAACUGAAGGAAGAAGGCUCGACAAAGACAGCAUUAUCGGAAAACAAUGAAGAGGAUGAGUUUGAAUUUACAGAAGAUGAUUUUACUUCAAUUCAAAGCAAGAUUAAUCUUCAACAACAAGAGGAUAACAAGGAAAACGCUGCCGCUGAUGAAACUGCAGAAAAGGAACCAGUCCGAUUAUUUGGAUUUCCCAAACAAGAACACUUUUAUUAUGAAAUGGGCAUUGGAGCCUUUAUUUUGGUAUCACUCUUGGUUUACUUGAUGGGAAGAACGAGUGCUGAAUCAACAUUCAAGAAUUGGACAGAAAACAAUGCAUUGAGAAGAGUUUUGGAAAAACAUUUUACCAAGGUGAACUUUAUGCGUGAUGGUGCUAAUCAAUUUAUUGUCUAUGCAACUGGUAAUGAGGUAAUGAAACACCUCACAUUUAAGGUGACCUUUCCAAACAAGCAAGAUUUACUCAUGGGAAUGAUUGUUAAGCCAUUCAUGAGCAUGCUAAGUGGAGGUUCUUUAUUUGGUGAAACUGAAAUCAUUCUCGAAGUUAUCCUUCCAAGAUCAUUUGCAGUUCUUUUCGGAUUUUGUGAUCCAAAAAAUUAUAAGAGUUUUCUCAAACAACAUGAACCUUUACAACUGUAUACAAAACACGCUUCAUGUGAAGUUGCAGGAAAGCAGUAUGCUGUUUUUACAGACACUCCAGGAUUGAUUGCAAAAGUCAUGUCUCAAUCAUUUGUCUCGAAUCUGCAAGGAGAACUUUUGAUUAGUGACCUUCUUAAACCACGCAUUGCUGACACUCAUCUCAUUCAAUGCAUCACACUGAAAACCAAGAUUAGCUAUGACAAGACUCUCUCAAACAGCACGGAGAUCGUUUCAAAAACUAACAAGAAGCUCAAAUUUGAGAACUGGCUAGAUGAAUUGUUAUACUUCAUGUCCUUUGAAUUUACUUUAACUCCACAAGAAGCUGAAAGAAACAUGAAGAACAGAUUAGAAAUUCAAGAAAAUAUCGAGCAGGAAAAGAAGAAGGAAAAAUUGAAGGAAGAAUCGAAAGAAAAUCGUCUGAAAAAACUUUCCAAGAAAAAGUAA